AUGGAAGCGGAGAAGACGACAGUUGCAACUGAUGCAGCUGCAAUGGACGAAGGGGAGGACAGCCAUCACCCGGCCGCGGCGGGCCAGGCAAAGGAGGAGAAGGAGGAGGCGGAGGAGAAACAACAGCACAAAGGUGAGGCACACCACCAACACGCCAUGGACGAAGGCCACGACAACGAUGACAAGGAUGACGGCCAUGACGGUGCCGACGGUGAUGACCGCGACGAUGAUGACAAUGACGACGACGACGAUCUUGAUGGAGAUGACGAAGAGGAGGAAGAAGAAGAGGAGGAGGAGGAAGACAUUGAUGAUGAUGUCGACGAUGAUGAAGAUGACAUGGAUGAUGACGAGGAGGAAGAAGAGGAGGAAGAGGAAGAGGAAGAGGAGGACGAGGGAGAAGACGAAGAAGGAGAGAGCGUACACAGUCAAGAGGCAGAGAGUGAGGAGGAAGCUGGCUCUGGCCCUCGUCUAUUUGUCGUUGAAAUGCCCGGAGCCAUCAACAACCCAGACCGUGCCAUCGAAGCGCUUGGCGGGGAAGAGACCAUUGGGAGCGUGGCCAAGCACAUGCAGGACCAGCUCAGCCUACAGCUCAGACCAGGCGUCCCGCUCGCCCAUGCCAUUCAUGGGAAGCGACAGAAGAAAACCAAGACUUUCCUGCUCAAGGUGAAGCGACGAAGGAACGGGACAAAUGCGCCAGAAGAUUUCAAGAUCGAGCCCGUAGGGCAGCUGUUUGAGUCGCGGCCCAUCUGGUCGACCAACGCAUUGCAUGAGCUCGUUGGAAGAUCACAGAGCUGGGCCAUCAAGCAACCACUACGUCAGCUGUCCUAUCGCAUGAUCUCUGGCCCCUGGCGACAGCUCAACAUCAAAUACGGCUAUGACCCGAGAAAGCACUCCGAGGCACACAUCUACCAGCUGAUGGAAUGGUCAAAGGGAACAAAGGAUGAGCGGCUUCAGCUCGGACGCACAAAUCUCUCGCGCGCGUUUCCAUAUACGAAGCGAAACGUGACGCCUCGCUCAACACAGCCAACCUACACGCCAUACAUCUUCACGCCCGGCGUCAUCCCGCACCAGCGGCAGAUUGGAUGGCAGCUGUGCGAUAUCCACGAGCCGACAAUGCAGCGCCUCUUGCACGAAGCAGAGCUCAAGGACAAGUGCGAUCGGGAGACGGGCUGGUUGCAGGAGAAGACCAUCACUGCCAUCCGCGGGCGUCUGAACGAAACCAUUGAGCAGGCGUUGCAGGAGCAAGCACCGCCUCUGGAGGAGCAACAACAGCAACAGCAGCAGCAGCAGCAGAAUGGGGAGAAUGGGAAGACGUCGGUAACAACAGCAGCAUCUUCUUCCCCGCACAAGGAACCAACAACAGCGUCGGCGACGGACCAGCCUGUUGCCACCACCAUCGAGGGUGCAUCUCACCCAAUCAUGGCACCACCUCCAGCGCUGCCGCAAGCGCCGUCGUCAUCGGCCCCCACUGCUCCUUUGAGCACUCCAGCACACGCACAGCACCCACUGCACCAGCAGCUCCUGCCACCUGUUGCCCUGGCCGAUGUGCAAGCGUUUGCACUUCUUGAAGAAGAGGAUGAUGACGAGGACGAUGACGAUGACAACUGAAACCUGACAAAGAUUCAUUGGGAACCAGCUUGCUGUAUUGUGUCCCUGGCUGUGCUCUUUCCCUCGCUGUGUUGCUGCCCUUGCCCUUGAUGCAAGCUGUUGUACGGUAUCGCAACUUGCUGUGGUCGCGUCUUGUUGCUCUUACCCAGCAUUGUGCUUUUCCCUUUUUGUGUAAAUGAACAAGAUGGCUGAAUGCCUGGU